GGACGCUCACACACCUUUCCCAAGGCAACGGUGCUACUUAACCGUAUUAGUGUUGACAACUAGCUUGCUAGGAUGUUAUUUGUAUAAUACAGAAGCAGAGUUCACCUACCCCGUGAAGUAAUAGUGAAUAGUGACGCAAAAUGCCUGUCCGUUUUAAGGGUGUCAGUGAGUACAGAAACAAGUAUCGAGGACCAACGGCGAGAUCCAGGAGUGCGUCUCCUCAUCGCAGAAUGUUACUGGCUGGCCUACGAUCUGCUCACCAGGGUAUCAGCCGGGAGCCACAGAUUCUGUCCCGGAGGAAGACCCCUACCCACGCUCCACAGGUGUCACGCUCCCUCCAGUGGGAUCAGCUGUCGGAGCUGAGUCGCCCGGACCCAGCCCCUCCCUUCAGACCUGCUGCUGGGGCAACUGGGGGGAAAGGGGGCACUGCAGUGGCAGAGAUACCAGAGACCCCAGCGACUCCCAGGGGCCCCAGACCGCCAGAGGCCCCAGUCCCAAAAGAGCAGUCACAGUCCCAGCCCCAGCCUCACUCUCCUCUCCCCUCACCCACAGACCAAGGACCAGAGCCCCCCAUAAAUGGAGUGCAGCAUGUGUUGAUGAGGAAGGCAGGGCUCAGAGCGGGCAGGCCGUCCAGGGGCAGGCAGCACAGCUCAGAGUACCAGAGGCAGUUUGAGUGGAAGGACAGAGUGGCCAACUCACCUCUGCUGGCUGCGGAGCAGGCUCUCCACUCCAGUGCAGUGCUCCCUGUGCACAUUUCUAACCCUGUGGCCCUCGAAAGCGAAUACAGCAGGAACUUUAAGGGUUCCCCACCCCCUCGGCCACCGCGCUUACGACGGGACGUCGAGCGGAAUCAGGUUCCGUUGUUCCAAAGGGAGAAUGUUCCCCCAGAGAAAGCCUCUAAGGCCAAGAGGAAGAAAAGGAAGGAGCAACAUUGGGAGAGGAAGCACCAUAACCCCAAAGAGGAAGUGGGCCAGUGCCAGCCAAUCAGCACCAAUCAGGAAGCCCAGCAAAAUGUACAUUCUCCUAGAAACAGGAAGAUGAAGUCUGAGUAUAAUGCCAACUUCCGCUCUCCACUGCAGUAUCAAUACAAAGAUGGGGCCUGGGUGAAGGCCUCAGACUAUGCAGAUGAGGGGGAGGGAAGUGCCCAUAAUGUGGCGUGGUAUCAUGAGGUGCGAGAGCUGAAGGAGAAGGCCGAGCUGUACCGGCAGCGGGCCUGGGGCACACACUUCUCCCGGCUCCACUUCAACCAGAUCCUGUCGGAUCAAAACCACCUGUGGGAGGCCUCCACUGCCUCCGCUUCUGGGUCGGCUGAGCAGAGCAACCGCUCCCGCACGGACAGCAGUCCCACCAUAGAGGCCCUAGACCUGGCCAGAGUGGGCAGUGGGACAGGCAGUGCCAACUCUGCCCGCUCUGGCGGCCAAGCAUCCACCAGGGGGCAGCCCCUUGCCCCCACCGUCCCUAUCCCGGUCCAGCCCAAACAGGCAUGGGGCGCCCGGGAGGAGCCUGGUCCGGUGGAGCGGACAGACGAUCAGGCCGAAGACAAGGACGAGGAAGAAGAGGAGAGAGAGAACGGAGAGAAAAGAGAGAGAGGAGAAGACAGGGCUCGGGAGUCCGAGGGAUCCAGCAGCCUCAGGGAAGGGGGCAGGCUGCCGACGCCCAAACUGCGGACCUUGGGCCUCGCUCAGCGGACUCACCACGACCGCACCACCCCUGCUGCCGGAGGAGCCAUUUUGGUAUCUCCCCCAAGAGCGAGGGCCUCUAUGCGUGAGCGACCGAGCCCGUCUCCCCAGGGGAAACCCCGCUCGCCACAAAGGCUCAUGGGACAUGUUUCCCCAGCCCCGACACCCGGCAAGGCAGAGGAGGCCAGGCUGACCCGCACGCCUCCCGCGGCAGGCCUGACGACUGUGGACCAUCUGCCACUCCGUGAUGACGCCUGGUAUGGUGCGGGUCUGUCCAAGGAACCCCCCAAAAGGUCGUCGGUCCCAAGGUCGUGCCGAAGGCGGGACCCCAAUGUGAAGGCCUGGACUGCCCCCUGGGCCACACUGCCUGCCAACCGAAUCCAAGGUGCGCUCAGGGACCCCGAGUUCCAGCACAAUGGUAACUUGGGUCUUCAUCGACCAGGACUCUUUGUGUAUCCUUCAAGUGAUACAACUCUGUCGGAUGAUGACGACCGCAUGUCACACAUCUCAGCCAGAUCUGCAGCGUCCUGCUCCAUGGCUGACCAGGUGUUGGGCCGGGCUUUGAAGAGGAAGGAGAACUUCUGGGGGAAAAGCUAACUUCUGUGUGUGUGUGUAUGCAUGUAUGUGUGCGUGUGCGUGUGUGUGUGUGUGUGUUUGUGGUUACAGCAGGUGAUCAGAUGAGGUUGGUGGAGAUUACGAUUUGCCACUAGAUCAACUGAUAAACCCAUGAGUCAUUUUGGGACUCUCUUUUUCACCACAAGUAAAAGGCAAUACAUUACUUUGAAAAA